AUGCCCCGACAAGGAGCUGCUGCUGCAGAUUUCGAGGAGAGGAGCCUGAACAAGUGGGCGCGACAACAGGAACACCUCCUGCGCUCGCGCCGGCUGACUGAGGGGCGCGCGCAGGCGCUCCAGAGGUGGAUCCCGUGGGGCGCCGGUCAGAAGGACAGUGUUUGGAACCAGUCUUACGACAGCUUGCGUAACUGGCUCCGUGCGCACGCCAACCGGUACCCGACGAGAGCGAACAACGCUUCCAAGACAGAGAAGUCUCUGCGUACCUUCGCAGACAACUGCCGCCGUUUGUACAACCGAUCACCGGCCUCCGAUGCAGGCAUUGCCGUUCGUCGGUGCGAGCUCCUGCGCGCUCUGCCGGGAUGGGACACGUUCGCGGAGCAGACGUCUUGGGAUAGCAAUUACCAGAGACUUCAGGAGUGGCUGCGCACGCACUGCGGCGCAUUCCCGGACAGCAUGGGCACGUCCUCGACAUCGCCAGAAGAACUGCGCCUUGCUGGGUGGAUCCAGAGGCAGCGCGCUGCGUACCACUCUGUUCCGCGCCGCGCCGCUGGGCCUCACGACGAUCAACAAGGCUGCGCCUGGGCCUCGGGGUGCGCUGCGCCUCCCGUUGCGAGCUUCGCGGGUCUUCGAUAUUGCUUGACCCAUGACCGCAUACUUCGUGCUGAACGCCCCGCUGUCGCAUCUAUUGCGGACUACAGGGACAGCUUCUUCGUCCCGCACCAGGGGAGCGCCCUCGCGAGCGUCUGUGACCAAUGCGGCUCCCACAACUUCGAGGAAGAGCGGGUGCAACGAGCAAACGCUCGGACAAGCAUGCUCGGGCACUUCAGCAUUUGCUGCCAGAACGGCAAGAUUACUCCUGCCCAGAUCCGGACGCCGCCAUGCCCCCCGCCAGAGCUACUCGACAUUCUGCGGGGCACUUCGCGAACGCACCAAGCAGCGCGAGCCGCCCUCAAGAUGUACAACCACGCUUUCGCCUUCGUGUCCUACGGGGCGUCUUGCUUUGUAGACCAGGCUCCAGGGCGCGGCCCACCUGUUGUGAUCUGCCACGGCACCGUAUACCACAACUCGGGCUACCUGUUCCCCCGGGACGGCGACGCCCCCACGUUUGCCCAGGUGUACCUGUACGACCACAACGAGGCCGUGAAGGCGCGCACGGACAACCCUUAUCAUUCCGGGAUCAACGCCGACAUCGUGGAGCACUUGCAGCGCAUGCUCGACCGGGUCAACCCGUACGUGCACCAGUUCCGACACAUGCGGGACAUCGUUCGCAACCACAACCCCACCAACGUGCAAUUGUGCAUUUCCCAGACGGAGGGCCAGGACAUGCGCCGCUACAACAAGCCCCAAACUUACGAGCCAGCCGUGGUGUUCCGCAGCUCCGACGGCGUGCUUCACGGCACCCGGGCGGCCGCUGUGGCCGCGGGCAGCGAGACCACCUUGACGGCGUGGUUCCGCUUGAACGCAGAGCCGCCCGACGGAUUUACGCCUCCGGCUCGCUCGCUGCAUUACGCCGAGGUGCCGCAGUUCUUCUCCUGGAACCGCAGCAGUUUCUCGGACCUCGCCACCGUCGUCCAUUCGGACGGCAAUCGCCAAACAUUCUACCAGCGGCGAUGGAACGACGACACCUCCACGUGGGAGAACUCGGACGUGCCAGAUUACCGGCGAGCAUGCGAGGAACAAGGCUUUGCGAACUCCAGCGACGAGUACGCCCGCUGCAUGGAGGAGGCCGCUCGCCUACGGAGCGCCCCAGCGCUGCGCCGUCUCUUCGCCAUGUUGCUCCUCCAUUGCGAGCUCGCCUCCCCCGUGACCUUGUGGCAGCGAUUCGCGAAUGACCUCUGCGAGGACUUCCAGCGGCACCUCAGCGAGACCGACUCGGAGAACGCAGCGCUUCUGCACGUUCAAGAGGCACUCAGCCAGGCUGGGAAGACGCUGACGGACUUCGGAUUGCCAACGCCCACGGACCACGACGUCGCGGGCCUGCAGCCCCGAGAUGUUCGUAGGGAAACCGCCUACGACGCAGAAGAGGAAUGGACAUCUGCGCGGUCCCAUCGGUCUAUGAUGAACGACGCGCAAGCGAUCGUGUUUGACCAGGUCGCCGACGCCGUCAUCGGAGCCCGUCCGCUCGCCGUGUUCAUCGACGGCCCCGGCGGCACGGGCAAGACCUUUGUGUACAAGGUGCUCCCCGUCAUCCCACGGGUUGCCCGCGAAGACCUCGUUCAGCAUUCGCUGCUGAACCACCCUUUGUGGCGCGCGGGCGUUGUGGAGGUCCACGCCCUGACGGAGAACAUGCGGGCCAGGGGCGACGCCGAUUGGCAGCGUUUCCUCUUGGACAUCGGAGACGGCCGCGCACCGACCUUUCCGGACAUCCACCCCGAGGCCGUGCGCCUGCCCGACAACAUCGUCGCCCCCAGCCAUUGGGGGCCGGAGGACCUCGCGCGCGCCAUCUACGCCGACAUCGCUGCGUCAGCGGCGAGGUGCGUCGGGGGCGACGUGGCCGCCGAAGACUUGCAGUACUUCUGCGAUAGGGCGAUUCUCACUCCGAAGAACGCGACGGCCGACUCAGUGAACGUCGCUAUAUUGCGCGAAGCUUUCCCGGACACGACCGUCACGUACUACAGCGUGGACGACGUGGACGCCGCGUCGCCGGCGGAGCGGGACCUCUGGCCGACGGACUUCUUGAACAGCCUCACGCCGUCUGGACUGCCGCCCCACGAGCUCGCGCUCGCGCCGGGGGCCCUGGUCAUGUUGCUCAGAAAUUUAGACGCCGACGCGGGCCUGGUCAACGAUACAGAGAUGCCGCUCGCGGGCGCCGCUUCCAGCAGUGACGACGCACCGGCGUUCCUGGACGAGGGCUCCGAGGCGCCGCCGAGCCCCGCUGCUCGGCCGCGACGCUUCGCGCGGGACCACGGGCCAGACGACAUCGAUGAGUUCGGGCCGGCGCCCCCAGACGAUGCUUCUGCUAACGUCGUCCUCGCACCGCUGCGCCAGCGCGGAGCAGUCGUGGACGCCCCAGCGCCUCCUGAGACGCUGUUCCAAACAUGCGCAGCCACAGAGAACGACAAUCCCAGUGCAGAUUCCGCCGACCCCAUGCCCUCAACACAGCUACGAUGCGAGGCCGCCAGCUCAUCGAAGCAGAGGGAUCGAUUCACCGGAUUCUUCGAGCGGCAGCGCGGCGCCCAUUGCGGCAUGCACGCGCUCAACAACGCCCUGGGCUUCGCGCUGCUCGACGAGGGAACCAUGGAGGCAUCCGCCCAUGCAUUCAUCGAGCAUGCCGCUUUAGACGGCCUCCCACAGCGCCUGCGCGACCACGUGAGCCCCUCUGGAGAUUAUUCCGAGGCGGUGCUGGCGUUUGUGCUUCAACGAUGCGGAAACAGUUUCUCCUUGAACCUCAAUGCUCCCGUUCUACCACAGGACGCGAUGAACAUUUUUGCGCCUAACGUGGUCGGGGUCGUGGUAAACCAGAACAACGCACAUUGGAUUGCGGUGAAGGCUGUGUCCGGCCGAAUCUGGAAGUUGGACAGCGCACCAGGUGAUGGACGUAGUGUUGCGGAGCCUGUACUCUGUGAGCUUAGCGACUUCCAGAAGCUCCUGCGCAGACAUCCCACCGCGUACCCACUGCUCGACAUCCG